GCGCGGGCUCGGGGCUCUCUGUACUCUUUCGGGUUCCCUCCGGCCGCCCCGGGUCGCCUGCGGUACAGCAUCUCCGGCCUCUCGGCGCAAAAGAACCCACCCGACCUCGCCGCCAGCUCGUGGGCAUGGCGACCCCUGCCCGGCCCCGGACCCCGCGCACCGAGUCCGCCGUCGCCCGCACUUUCCUGCUCUACUGGGCUCUCGCCCAGGUGGCGGGCGCCGCAGGCACUACGGAUAUAGUGGUAGCAGAUAAUUUAACUUGGAAGUCAAUUAAUUUCAAGACAAUUUUGGAGUGGGAACCCAAACCUAUCAAUAAUGUCUACACUGUUCAGAUAAGCUCCAGAUUGGGAAACUGGAAGAACAAAUGCUUCUACACCACGGACACGGAGUGUGACCUCACUGACGAGGUUGUGAAGGACGUGAAGCAGACGUACUUGGCUCGGGUGCUUUCCUUCCCAGCCCGGAAUGCAAAUACCACAAUUUCUGAUGAGGAAGCUCCCUUUAAAAACGCCCCAGAGUUCACGCCUUACCUGGAGACAACACUUGGCCAGCCAACAAUUCAGAGUUUUGAACAAGCUGGGACAAAACUGAAUGUGACAGUGCAAGAUGCGCGCACCUUGGUCAGAGUGAACGACACAUUCCUGAGCCUCCGAGAUGUUUUUGGCAAGGACUUGAUUUACACUCUUCAUUAUUGGAAAGCUUCAAGUACAGGAAAGAAAACAGCCAAGACAGACACAAACGAGUUUCUGAUUGAUGUGGAUAAAGGACAAAACUACUGCUUCAGCGUUCAGGCGGUGAUCCCGUCCCGCAAAACUAACCGCAGGAGUCCGGAAAGCCUCAUUGAGUGCACCAGCCAGGAGCCAGGUGUGGCCAGAGAAAUGUUCUUCAUCAUCGGAGCUGUGGUGUUCGUGGUCAUCAUCUUCAUCAUCGUCCUGUCGCUGUCUCUGUACAAGUGCAGAAAAGCGAGAGCAGGGCAAAGUGGGAAGGAGAACUCCCCGCUGAAUGUUACAUAGAGGAAGCACCAGUGGGUCUGCUCGCUGUGCACAGGCCGCGUUGCACUGUGGCCGAGAACUUGGAAGGGAGUCGAACACGUGAACACAGAUGAGCACUUUAGAGCAUGCAGAUCCUUGGGUUCAAAAC